AUGACCUCGAGUAAUUCUACGCAGGAUAAAGACAAGCUGCGACCUCUCACGGAAGAUGAGUGUCAUCUUAGAUACAAUACCGAACAGGAAGCCCCGGAUCUCUACUGUGGUGCCACCUGGGAUGGAUUUUACUGCUGGCCGCCUACACCUCCUGGACAAAUAGUUUCUAAGACUUGUGAUUCGAUAUUUGCAAGUUACCAACUUCUUGUUUUUUCUGACUCUGACGAUCAAGAACACGCUUACCGAAUUUGCCGAGACGAUGGAACUUGGUUGUGGGGAAACUGGACAAAUUAUACCGAAUGCCUGGGACUUCUAUCUUCAAUGACACCACCAUAUGAACAAAUGGCGGCUGUCUGGAACAAUAAUAACAAAAAGGUGUGUAUCUAUGUACGUGCCCCCACAACUUUUAUAAUUAGCUGGAGUGUCGUGAUGUCACGUGACCUUAACACGGUUUGCUGGGAAGGUUAUGGCAGCUCAAUGUUCGUUUGGAUUCUGACAGGUCCAAUGCUGCUAGUACUUCUGAUUAAUACCAUUUUUUUAGUGAACAUUAUUCGAAUCCUGGUCACCAAACUGCGAGCCAGUGUCUCCGUUGAAACAGCACAAGUUAGGAAAUCUAUAAAAGCUACAGUACUUUUAUUUCCACUACUCGGGAUAACGCAUCUUCUGUUCUGCAUCAACCCAAGAGGUAGACUGGAACGGGCUUACAUGAUUACCAACGCAGUAAUGCAGUCCUCACAGGGUCUCUUCUUGGCUGUACUUUACUGUUUCACAAACUCAGAGGUGCAGACUGCAUUACGUAAUGCUUAUCAGCGAGCAGUUCUUAGAAGAAAUCCCACAGGGAAAUCGACAAGACAUGGAGGGCCUUCUGGGACUUUGGGAUGUUCUUCUGAAACAAGAAAAGACGGAACAAAGCCAGCGGCAGUUGUCGCAUUUCUGAAAGAUCACAACCAGCAGGAUGUCCUAUGAAACCGCCGCUCUUUUUUCGUCCAUUCCGUGCACACCAAAAAAAUAAAAUAAAUUUCUGUUAUUCCUUGACAAUGAUAAAGACAUAUAAUUCUUGACA